AAUACGCGGUCAAGUUCAGAUAUUUAAUUUGUUAAGUUUCGUUUUAUUUUUUAAAUAAAGGGAUUUGGGUGUGAUAUCAUUUCUUAAUUUUUUGGCAUGAUUUUGAUAUAAAUUGAAGUAAUAUGACGGAUUAUACUGCCAUAAAUAUUUCAGCGCCACUUGCACCAGAAGAUGAUAUUGAUGAAAUAGAUGGUGGGGUACGACAAGCACUGCAAAAUCGAAAUAACAAAAAUAGGAAACCAUCACCAAGUCGGAUCAAAUCAUCUAAUGAAGAAAUGCAAUUAGUCAAUAAGAGGGGAAGUCGGCCUGAGUUGGAAAAACUUGAAUUUGAAGAAUUUGAUAUUGGUUCAGAUAAUCGGCCAAAAAAACACUCUGAUGAAGGAAUAGACGAUGGAUUGCUUGAGAAAGAAAAUGGCCCUCCGUCUCCACCGCAUCCAGAUUAUAUACCUUAUCCCAGUGGAAUGUUUCCGGCAUCGCCAUUUGAUCCACAUACCAUACAUCCUGACGUCAAUAUGUACCAACACAAAAAAACGCUUGCACAAGGCUUAAUGGACUUGGCUCUUGUCUCUGCGAACGCCAAUCAACUGCGUUACGUACUCGAAUCGUCUAACAGACAUCCAUAUUAUUAUUUUAGCUUAGGACUCAUUAUUACAAGUCUUAUAAUUCAAGUUAUUGUCGGUAUAGGUUUAAUCUGGAAUAGUCGAUAUAAUGUCAAAGAUGAGAAAGAAAUGCAUCAUGCAAAUAGAAUUAAUAACAUUACAAUGAUAUUAAUAUUCUUAUUAACAUUUGUUAAUGUAUUCAUAACAGCAUUUGGAGUAGCAGAAUACCAACAAGAAAAACCAAUUGUGUAA